AUGGAGCUGAAGGCUGUCGACAUCGUGGGUGUGUCGAGCGGUGAAGGGACCCGCUCAUGUACCUGCCAUGACAUUUGUGGGGAUAGCCUUACAGUCGACGACCUGGUUGUUUGCCGCCUUGAGGUACAAGGCGAAAGUGGGAACCUGGAAGAGGUUCUCAAGGUGUUCCGCCUUGUUGCCAGCGAGCAAGCAUGCCACGUCGGCUUCCUCCCUUUGCGCUUGCUGAAGAAGAAAGAAGACUUUGCGAACAAGAUUGCCAUCAUUGUAGAGGACUACCGCACCUCCCCGAGCAAAUACCAGCGGCAACGCUCCGAACGAAACGUUGGUAUUGUUAAAGCCGUUAUUAUGGAACACCUCCAGGAGUAUCAUCAAACCAGUAGACAGUAG